AUGAGUUCAUUAUCAUAUUCCUCCAGAGACACUUCCACAUUCUCCCAAACCGCAUCCUCAACCUCCGCCUCAUCUACCUCCAAUUCUGCCUCGGAAGUCAGCACUACUCUCUUCCCAUCAGAAUUCGGCUUCUACCGCUUCAGCUCCUCCUCAACAGUCGCGCUCACAACCAAAGAUCCCUCUCCCUUCGCCAGUAUCCAAAGCAACAGCGGUUUUCGCAGCAAACCCGAUCUCACCUUCUACCAAGGCCGCAACAAAUGGUACCGCCAACUCGCGUCAGCGCAAUUCGUAGGCCCGGAAGGAAAACCGCACAUCACGCUCGGCUCGACAAGAUAUGGAGCUGCGCCUACAGAGAAAGUAGAAUGCGAGGGGUUUUUCCGGGUUUCGCAUCAUUUCUCUUUAUAUUUAAAUUCUGUGCGGUAUAGAGAACAUUUUCAGUGGAGCGAGUGUAGUCAUGCGGAGUUGAAAGGGUUUGGGAUAGGGCAUUCGAGCGGGAUGAAACUCGUCAGAAUGAAAACUGGAGAGGUUGUAGUGGUGUAUGCCAAGGUUUCUUGUGCGGUGAAGAAGAUUGGGAAGAUGAGGUUUCUGGAGGUUGAGCUGGGAAAUGAGUUCCAGGUCAUGGCUGUGAUGAGUUUGAUAGCGAUAUUCUAA